AUGACACAACCCCAGGCCACUGACAACCCCUUCAGUCCCCCCAUCACCCCCGACAAGCUCACUCCAGUCUCCACACGUCCUAACUCUCCCGAUGGAUCAAACGAGAUCACCCUGCAGUCUGCCUUGUACCCAGUCCCAACUCUUCAGGAUGGCGUCCCGCUUAAGGAGGUGCAGUCCAAGGCCGCAGUCGCGGCUCUCGAUCACGACACCGCUUCUUUCUACAUUCCGCUCCGCUCCAAGGGCAUGAUCAAGCUGUACAUGAUCUGGUGCCCCAUCUUCAUGUCGACCUUCAUGGGAGGGUAUGCCUUCGCUGGUAUGACUGCCAUCAAUACUCUCCCCUCUUACCAGGAAUACUUCAACUUGUCCGGUGUCGGAGUCUCCACAGGUCUCAUCUUCGCUCUCUGGCCCAUCGCUGCUUGCUGCACCUUUUGGAUCGGGCCCAUCAUCUCUGACAAGUUCGGCCGAGUCCGCGCCACCCUCUUCUGCUCCUGCAUGUUCCUCAUUGGCUCGACGCUAAUUGCCUUCGCCCAGAAUGUCGCUAUGCUUCUCAUCGGGCGAGCUUUCUGCGGCUCCGGCAUCUGUAUGAUCCAGGCCGCCACCCCCGCGUAUGUGAUCGAGACUUGCCCGCCUCUCAAGCGAGGGCUGUUCUCGGGCUUGUACAAUACUGUCUUCUUGGUGGGAUUCUGUACCGCUACAGCCAUUGGUAUCGGCGCGACGAGGGUCCAAAAUCAGUGGGGCUGGCGACUUGUUGUCAUCAUUCAAAUGAUCUUCCCCAUCAUCCUUGGCGUCUCCACGUUCUUCAUUCCCGACACUCCGCGAUGGCUUUACAACAACGGCCAGACCGAGAAGGCCCUCGCAGUUCUCAUCAAGUACCACGGCUCCGGUGUCCUCACCGAUGUCGUGCAAAUGGAGUAUCAGCAGAUCGAGAGAUCCGUCCAGGCAGCUCGGGAGAAGGGCUUGAAGCGGUGGGACUUCAGGAACUUGGGGAACACGCGGGGUAACAGGUAUAGGCUCAUGCUUGCGCUUGUCACGGGUGCUUUCGUCGGAUACACUACGCCCGCUAGCCGUCUCAGCAUGAGCUUGAUCGCCAACGUCGCCUCUCUUCUCGCCUCAACUACCGGCUCUCUCAUCCUUGACCGUGUCGGCCGCCGCAAGCUGCUCAUUCUCGGCUCCUUCGCCUGCUCCAUCUGCCUCAUGGGCAGCAUGGUCUCCGCCUCGCAAUCCGGCGUUCCCCUCGGCGUCUCCGUGGCAUCCACCAACCCGUCCGCCUCUCGCGCCAGUAUCGCCUGCUUUGUCUUCUUCAUGGUCAGCUACGGAAUGAGCUACCAGCCGCUGCUUCCUACCUACCCGGGAGAGGUGUUGUCUACCGAUCAACGCUCAACAGGGAUGGGUCUGAUGGCAUUUACCUUGAACCUUUUCAUGUUCAUCUCGCUGUUCGCGAUACCUGUGGCUUUGGAGAGGAUCGGGUGGUGGGUCUACCUUCCGUUCGUCAUCUGGACGCUCUUUCAAGGCGUUACCUGGUUCUUCAUUGCCGUCGAGACCAAGGGACGAUCUCUGGAAGAGCUGGAUGCGAUCUUCGAUUCCAAGCACCCCGUUCGGGCGUCCUUGAUCCGCACCUCUCGCCUGACCGGCAACGAAAGCGCCGCCUGA